AUGGGGACCAGUGGUUUUGUCUUCAAGCAUGUCUUCUCACUUUGGUUCAAUGUUCUCUUCCACCUCUACCAGGCUUUUUACAUGUACAUGCCUUGGAACGAAUCCCCAAUGCCCAACGAAAAUGGCACAGCCUUCUCGAACUCCUUCAGCGAUAUUGAAAUAGCAAAGGCUGUUUUUGAUACAGCUUAUGGGACUGUAUUGAGGCGAGAAGCGAAAGACAUUCGAUGGGUAGACCUGUACAGAUAUGCUAGCACGCACAAUGUGAUUGAAAUCCGGUUGCAACAGGCUGGAUGGGAAGACGCCGGCGACAAGUUGCAGCUAGCUUUCAACAAAUUCCAUGACGAGAUGGAGCCCCUCAACGAGACACAGGCAACAUGGGCUAAAAUCAUCGAGGCGACCAACUUUACCUAUGUCACAUCCAAGUUCAAGCCAUUCCUCGACGCAUCGUUGGACACAGAAGAGGAGCAGGAAUAUGCUCGGAAAGCGCUGUGCAAGAUCUUUGGCGUUCGGGGCACUUUGAAGGUGACGCAAGAAACAAAACAGAUGUACGAGUCCAGGCGGGUCGUGAUCCAGAACGCCGAAUAG